CUAUAUCAUAUGUGGCACACCCACUUUUGUAUGUUGCUUAUCGCCUCUUUUCUCUGAAAAGAAAUCAACUGUGGCGCACGAAAAGUAUGCUCACUUAACUCUGUGUAAGUAACUGCAGGCAAGGAUAGAGUAACAAAUCAGAAAGUGCCUGCCCCCCGCCACUCAUGAGAGCGCAAUAGAAAGAGAAGGCGACAAAACGUUAUUAAUCUUUGAUUUAAAAAAAGAAAAGGGAAUCUUUGCCUCGACCAGUCGAAAGAUUUCGUUUGUACCUAUGCCAUAGCACUGUGCAUAAAACAGAAUAUUUGUGGUCAAGUUAUGGUUGGUGGCAAUAAGCGGGUGCUUUUAUUGUCGAAGGAGGAUGCCCGUUGGAUUCCGCUACUUUCCUGAUGCCUCUUUCCUUCUUCCUUAUUCUUCUGAAAAUGUAUGGGAUAAUGAAUGGUUUAAUAUUACGAAUCAGCAAUGAAGGAAAGUAAUCGUUCGAGGAGAUCGAAUUGCGUGUUCAAGUUUGGGUUUUAUAACUUCUUUGGAACUGUGCUCUGUGUGGUUUGGUGUCGCUACACAUUCUUUCAACUCUUGGGUACGUCGAUGGCGUAGAUGGCGCAGUGGUAAGCCUUUUCUCCCCAACUGGAACCUGGAUCAUUUCUCGAAUACUUGGAUAAAGCUUCUGAAGUUCCCACAAUAACAAAACAUUUUUUUUACCGCCGUGGAUUAUAAACGCAACCCUGGAGAGCAGAAGAAUAGGAGCAAUUGUCGUUUUCUGGAGAGGAGGAAUGCGGAGAGAAAGAGGCAUCUAGAAGGAUGCUGUUUCUUGUAAAAUGGAAUUGAAGAUCAUUAUUGAAGUUGUUGUGGUGGUUUGUUCAUUUUUUUCUUUGAGUUUUAGCCAAGAACUCAAUCCUAAAGGCAGGAAUGUAUGCAAAUUACCAGGGUCACCAGGCUUUGUGUGCUGCAGCGGGUGGGGGCAGAUAGGAGAGGAAUGUUUGACACCUCUCUGUGAAGGUAACUUCACCUGUAAGGAAAAUGAGGUAUGCGUUAGGCCCAAUGAAUGCCGCUGUCGCCAUGGAUACUUCGGAGCCAGUUGUGAUACAAAGUGCCCCACCCAGUUCUGGGGCCCAGACUGCAAGGGCAAGUGCCAAUGCUUUCCGAACGGCCAGUGUGAUGAUGUGACGGGCAAGUGCACGUGCAACCCUAACCGCUGGGGGCCCAACUGCGAGAAGCCCUGCCUCUGCCAGAAGGGCAAGUGUGACCAGGACACAGGCACAUGCACUUGCCAAUAUGGCUUCUGGGGCCCUCAGUGUGCAAACAACUGCUACUGCAGUCUCAACUCUGUGUGUGACCAGAACACAGGAAGGUGUAACUGUAGUCCAGGCUGGUCGGGGAGGAAUUGUGCCAUCCAGUGUAACUGUAAUAACUCUCCAUGCGAGCAGUUUACGGGUCGUUGCCAGUGCCGGGAGAGACUGUGGGGCCCCCGGUGCGAGAGGUAUUGUCAGUGUAUCCAUGGGAAGUGCAACCAGGCAGAUGGCUCAUGUACCUGCACACCGGGGUACCGGGGGAAGUUCUGCAGGGAACCGUGUCCCGCAGGUUUCUACGGACAGAACUGCAGGAACAGGUGUGGCCACUGUAAAGGCCAGCAGCCCUGUAAGAUAACAGAGGGGAGGUGUGUGACCUGUGAGAGGGGCUGGAACGGGACCAAGUGUGAUCAGAUGUGCCUGCCAGGCUUCUUCGGAGAGAACUGCCUGGAUGUGUGUCCCCCGUGUAAAGAUGGUCACUUCUGCAACCGCAUCGACGGAAAGUGCUCCCACUGCAACCCCGGCUGGAUCGGGGACAGGUGUGAGGUGCGCUGUCCCAACGGGACUUAUGGGGAUAACUGUGAGAAUGACUGCAGCCACUGUUUUAACGGCGUUUGUCACAUUGCUACCGGAGAGUGCCUGUGUGAGCCGGGAUUUUACGGGACCUACUGCAAUAUGACGUGUCAGAUGGGUCAGUAUGGAGUGAACUGUGCCCAGACCUGCUCCUGUCACGACAAGAACUGCAACCCAAUGUCUGGGGCCUGCAACCUACAGCCCAACCAGCGGAUGGGCGUGAUCGCGGCAGGAACCCUGGUCUCUUUUCUGCUCAUUGUCCUCCUCUCGCUGCUUUGCUGCUGCUGCCUCUGCCGAAAUAAAGAUGACCACAAUCCUGACCAAGACAACUCUACCAACAGCAAAAAAGCCAAGCGGAUCCUGUGUGGAAGAUUCAGCCGAAUCAGCACCAAACUCCCCCAGAUCCCACUGAGACGACAGAAGCUGCCCAAAGUAGUCGCCCACCACGACCCGGAGAACACAUUCAACUGCAGCUUCAUCGAGCCCCCCUCUGUAGCUGAGCAGCCCUGCCCCUCCUCCUGGUCCUCCCAGGAGUCCUUCGAUUCCUUCGAGGAGGAACCCAGCGAUGAUGGCCCCGUAUACUGUGUACCCCAUGAAGAGUCACUGAAUGAGAGUAAGGAGAAGCCAGCAGCUGAGAAGCCAUCCGCAGCAGCUGUGCCCAGUGAAGACGAUGCAGGGGAGUACACCUCUCUGAAAGACACCAGCGCUACCAGUACCACCACCAACAAGCCUCAGGCUGGGGACGGGAGCGAAGCAACCCUGCUCAAGUCCUCCGACAGCGAGGGCUCCACCAGCGGCUCUGAGUCGGCCAUCGGGGCCCUCUAUGCUCGCAUUGCACGCCUCUCCAAGAACUCCAAGGACGAAGAGGAUGGGGGUGGCAGCACAGUUACAAUAGAGGUCAAAGGUAAUGGCAAGCCACCUUCCCCGGGAUGGAAGACCACCACCAAACCACGCCCGCCAGACCCCUCCACCAAACCGAAGGUGUCGUGGAUCCAUGGGAACACCGGGGGUACCACACCCCAGGUGGAGCAGCUGAACCAGGGGGGUAAGGGGCUGACAGUGCCCAAGGAAAGGACGACCAGGAGCUCCAGCGACAGCUCAGCCAAGAGCGAAGAGAGGCAGAGGCUGAAGGAGACGUCCAAGGAGAAGAAGAACCAGGAGGGGAAGGGGACGGAGGUCAAUGGUUCCCCCAUCAAACACAAGGCCCACCGGCUGGGAAGGUCCAGGGAGGAUAUUAACCACAUGGAGCACAUAAAUGGAGUGGUGCAGAACGCUCUCAAGAAGAUCGGUAACUUCCACAACUCCAACUCUGACAAGAAGGUGGCCGAGAAGGCAGCCGCUUUGGAGAACCCCAAGGAGCCGCCCAAGAGCCCCAAAGUGAUCCACCCACACAUGAACUCCGAGGCUGCCACACUCCUGGCAGCCCAGCUCAAAGAGAAGACGCAGAGCAUCAACCGGAAUGAGGGCACUGGCCUGGUAAAGACCAACGGCCUGCCCACCCCAGCCUUCCGGGACCGAGGAGACCGGGAGAAGCCCACUCCUCCGCAGAAGGCCAAGCGGACCACUCCGGCCACCCCAGGCCACCAGGGCUCCAACAAGCCUCUGCUGCCCACCACCACCAGCCUCCAGAAGAUGGUGGGUGUGGGGGUCCCCACAACGGACCCAGCCACCCCCGAGGUUGCCCCCAAGAGCCCGGAGAAGCAGGACUUGAACGGCUCCAGGGUGGGAGAGGGUGGUGGUGGAGCAGUGGACGUCACGCCAAAGAAGACCCCCAUCAAAAAGCCUCCCAGAAAGAGAGGCAAGGAAGGGACAUUGGAUACUGCUCUGGAAACUAAGACACCAACAAAGACAGCAAUUAUGCCACCGCAGAUAAUCAAAUAGACCAUUUGUUACUCCAAUACCUAUUGACCAGGGUUUUUUAUUGUUACUCACACAUAUGACAAUGGGGAAUUAAUUACUUUUCUUCCAAAGGAGACAUGCAAAAGGACUUGGUGGUUUUUCAUGAAAGGAAUUUAUUAUGUGUGUGUGUGUGUGUGUGUGUGUGUGUUGUGUGUCCAGGACCAGUGGAAAGUAAGUAGAACUUUGUUUAAACUGUGGUUCUUCUCAUUGGUGUGGGAGUGUGUUUGUAUUAUAUUGAACUCAUAUACCUGCAAUGUAUCAGUUUUCCACUUCAAAGCCGGACAUAACUGUGGCAGUGGGAGAGUUCUGACAGCGGCAAACAAUCAUCUUCUAUUUUCUUCCAUCUAUACUAUAUCUCUCCAAUGCCCACCACUAUAUUUAUAUAGGAAUUUCCAACAAUAUUUGUAAUUUAAAAUGUUUUUCCUCAACAUUGUAUGUGAUACAACAAUAGAAAUGUAAUCUAUGCAAAGUGAGGUCUCAAGUUGAAACAAGGUACUGAGAAUACAAAUAUAGUAUUUGUCUGUUUGAUUUAAAUUAGCCAGUUUCAAUAAGGAACACUCCAUAAAGGAGAUUGAGUUAUUUGUAUCUUUUUUUGUUGCUAUGUUGUCCACAAUCUAAUGUUUUAGCUGAAGUACAGUACGUUUGUUCCACAGUUUUGUCAGUCACAGUUUAUUGACAAUGAAAUGAGUAAUCAAUGCAAACUUUUAAGGAAGCACUUGUUGUCAUUCCCCUCCCAUCAGAGCAAUAGCCCUGUAUUCUGAUGGCACGCACUAUAUUACCUGGAUAUGCUGUAAAAGCAGCUAAAAAAAGCUAAGGUUAUGUUCUUUCGUCGGGCCUAUUGAACAGCUAGUGUACAUGUCUUAGUCUUAGAUUCUUUCCCACUCAAUAGUUUUCAGCCUGAUUCUUACGCACUAAUAAAUGUGGGUAGGCAAUGUUCCUUAUACCAAAUGCUUCUGUGCAUUGUUUCUGCAGCCAUUGUUUUCUAAGAAGCACAUAGAGACAAAUGUAUUGCCACUAGGUCUUUGGCCACUAGAAACAGUCUGUGAGAGGCAUUGGCUUAUCUGGUAUUUCUCAUCAUAAUGUUGUUUAUAAAGGUUGAAGUCAUGUUUGAAUUCCACAUCCACAGGGAACGUAACAGAUUAAAUAUUAUACUUACAUUUUGAUACUUCAAUCAUUCUUUACCAGUAUAUUAAUCAUCCACCUACCUAACAGACAAUCUAGUCAUGUUACAUUAGAAGGUUACUUUUUCUUAACUUGAAUUCCAGUGUGGCUAAUUAGCUGAAUAAUGCUAGCUAAUUAAAGCUAAUUGGUUAAAGAGGCCUUAUUGAAUCAAGGGUAACACUUACCCCGAAAGGGAUGUAUUGUUUAAUCAACAUUUCAUAUUGUAUUAAGUUUUACUGGUUUUAUACAUAUGAGGAUUACUACAUUACAAGAGGAGGAUCGUAGAAAAGAGUAUGGAAUAUAAAUACAACACUUCAUUAAAAAACAAUUAAUCAAUCUGCAUAAUAUAAGGUAGUACAAAAGUGGCAGUGGUUCAGGCUGUGGAUUCAGACUUACUGAAAAUUCAACAGUUUUCAGAGCUAUUUGAUAAUGCUUAUGAUUGUUUUGGUGCCUUUGAUGUUUUCAUUUUUUUAUGGUACAGCCAGCCUACUCUUUACCAGUGUUCUUUUUCUACACGUGAAGGUGUUUUUGUAUCAGUAUAAUUGUAUAUGUGUGUAAGCUGCGCUUAUAUGAAUUAUUUUGCUACUUAUUUUUGUUUGUGUCAAUGAACUGGCUUUCAUGUUACAUUUGAUUGUUUGUGUCAGGCUCUCUGCAGCCACAGUAUGAGUAUGUACUUUGUAAAGUUGCCUUUGGCUUCUGUCAAUGUUAUUGUUUGUUUAACACUUAACUGCAUGAAGCAGAGUGAAACUUAUCUGGCAUUAAUAGCUACACAGGAAUCUAUAGCCUACUCUCUUUAUCUUAUCGACUUUCCCAAUUGCUAUAAUUUUGUCCAUAGGAAAUAUCAAAACUUCAAAGGAUUAUACAGGAUGUGCAUUAUUGUGUUACCACUGUUAUUAAGUACUAAAACCAUAUGAGCUGUGUGAUUAUAAAGUGCCAAUUUAAGCAAGCAGAAAACACAUCUUUUUAUAUCUGACUGACUGGCCUCUGCCUGCUUUCACAGGCUACAGUACAUAUUUGUAAGCAGGGCCUCAUAACGCUGCAGAAACAUUAUCAGCGAUAUGGUAUAUUUGUUUGUUUGUCUGAUCUGAUUUUCAGUUGUUUAUUGUCGUUGAAUUUGUUUUAUUUUUUUUUAUUUACUUCUUUGAAAUAAAAGCGAUACAUGUAGCUA